AUGUUAAGAGACUUAAACCAACCACAAGGUGGUGAAGCAAAUGAAAUGUCAUAUGACGACAAAUAUAGACACUUCUCCAUGGCAAAGAUGAGACAAGUUUUAAAUAUUUACAAUAGCCGUAAACAAAAAGGUUUGGGAAACCACUCCCCCGAAGAAAUGAAAAACAACCCUGACUUAGAGAAAGACUAUAUAUUUAAUAAUUUAGUCAAAAGAGACAAACAAGAAAGAAUGCCGGGCUUCAAACUUAAGAAAGGUGACAAAGUAAAAAUAGAAAUACCUAAACGCGACCCAUAUGAAAAUACUAUUGACUAUGACAACAAUGGGAACUCGACAGGUACUCACAUUCGUGUUCGUAAAAAUAGAAGAAAGUAUACAAGAGAAUAUUAUGAAGUUUUAGGCAAACAUGGCAAAAUGUACAGACUGCAAGCAGAAGAUAAAACUACUAUUGUCAGACCUCGUUUCAAACUUGUCAAAGUUCAAGGUGGUAUACUUUCAAAGACAGUUCCUAACAAAUAUAAGACAACUCCUGACGAAUAUGCUAAAGAAGUUGAAAAUGACGACUAA